AUGUUUGGCAAAGAAGACGGAAAACUUGAAAGCCUCAAGGAGAAAGUCCGGGCUAUUCUACCAACAAAUGACUCUGAUUCUAAAUCAAAAGAUUAUGAAACCGACUCCAUAAGAACAUUGUAUGCUCAAUCUUCUAGACGGAGGGCAGCAAGUACACCGGCUCCUUACAAUGGUAUUCCUGCACCUUAG